GCCACACUGUAGCAUAAUGUCAGUUCGUCUGCUGAGAGUCGUCGUCUUGUGCCUGUUGCUUCUCUGUUCGUUAGGAUUGUGGUGGAUAUUAUCUGUAUCCACGAGAAAAAGAGUGUCACUGUUCUACAGGAACGAUCCCGCGUCAAUGCCACCCGGUCCCGCGCCCGGUCCCGCGUCAAUGCCACCCGGUCCCGCGCCCGGUCCCGCGAUGCGUCCAGCGAUCUUCCGUCUGGCUCCAGAGAAUGGCAACAAAACCUCGGAGCAGGUGGUAUCACUGCUACCAGAAUAUAGUUCGAUACCCUUUUCACCAUAUCUGAGGAAGGGAGAAGAUGAAAGAGUGGGUCUUUGAACUCCACAACUACCUCUCAACUCUAAACAAGAGUGUCAGUCCACAUGUGAACAUGGUUUUUGGAGACUACAAACACAGUCGCCUAGUUCUCAACUGGAUCACUGCUGCUGUGAACGUAAUACAGCCUCCUCUUCACAAUGUACUGGUUCUUUCUCUCGACAACCGGCUCUGUGAUCUUAUAGCUAGUAGGACACUGCCUGUUUCGUGUGUGGCUGUUGCAAAAAACACUAUCUUCAACAUCGACAUCAUAAACAACAACAUCAACGACAAAAUCCCAAUCAUAUGGUUACAAGGAUCAAUGGUCCGCAAUGUAAUACUGCGGGUAAUAAACUACUGGGGAUACGAUGUAGCAUCGUAUGACAGUGAUGCUGUUCUGCUAAAAAAUCCGCAAGUGCUCUAUGACGAGAGACCACACAUCAACCUUUUCUCAUCCGCUGGUACAUUCCCAUUUGACCUGUCAGGAGAGUGGGGAUUUACACUAUGUACUGGUACACUGAUGUUCAAGGCUUCUCCUGCUAUAGAGUCCCUUUGGAGGCACAUGUCUUCACUGUCAGAAAAGGACGAACAAGUUACCUUAAACAACGCCCUACUGCAGAUGAAUUCUGUGUGGCAGGAGAAAACCCCUGUAAACAAAAUGUGCACCAAUAAAGAAGGGUGGGAGGGGCGAGGAGAAGAUGACAUUCGUAUCUACGUAUUUCCACCGCAAGUAUUUUGUCGUGCAGGAUGCUGCAAACCUACUAUGUCUCGCAACACACUCUACAAUGCCCAUCCUAUUGGUUCUAAGACAAUAUUGAGUGCAAAAGAGGCAGUACUGAAAGAAAUGAAAGCAUGGUUCUUGUGAACAUGUUUUGCUCUAGACUCUCGUUCCCUAUAGCUAUACAUAUUGUAAACUUAAAAAAAUGAUGAAUGGAGUUAUAAUUGUGCAAGUAAAUAAAAAAAA